AUGAGCUCUCCAUCGCCUUCUCUCGUGAAUCUUAAAGUGCGCAAUGUUUACAUGCCAUCGCAAUCGCUCGUUCUAUCACUUGAUUCAAAAACACUCGUCAGUGAUCUCAAGCGUCAACUUAGCGUUGAUUUUCCUUCCUCGCCUGCUAUCUCGGCUCAAAAGCUUAUUUUUGGGGGUAAAAUUUGUGGUGAUGACGAGUCACUGGAACAAAUUCUGGCUCAAAUGCAAAGCAGCCAAUUGAAGGAAGAAGGAAAUGUUGACGAGCAUAUCGUGUUUCAUUUAUUGGUGACUUCCACAGGCAUUCAGACAAGUGUUGAGCCCAAGACACCACUGCAGACUCGCAACUCCUCCAAAAUGGUCGAGACUCCCCCAGAUAUAGAGUCUCGACCAUGCAUUGUUUCGUCAGAGCCUAAUUUGCUGAACAUCCAAUCAGAGAAUUCAAUUUCCACGCCGUCAUCACACUUAAGGUCUGGCCAGAUGCAGUCUCACCAUGAUUUAUACAGACAGAGCGUACUUAUGCAGCAACAGGCUAUGGUGCUACAUCAAAUUCAAUACUUGCAGAUGAUGCUGAUGCAACAGCAAGUCGCAUCGACGUCUACUGAUCAUCAAUUUUCGCACAAUUCUCAAUUUGCUGCUGCUUCUUAUGGAAAUUUUUAUCAAAGGAUGCAGUCUAAUACGUCACACGCUCGACCAAAUAUACCGCAGACAGUUGCACAUGAAGCAGUGGCAGCUCCAGCCCCAAUACCUGCUCAAAAUCAAGCUUUUACUUCACCGCCACGGACACGUUCUUUGCUUGUAGAAAUGGUUUCUGAAGUUUUUCGUUUGCUGGAUUUACGCCUGGCAUUUAAAAUGGCGUUUAUGCUGCUUAUUGUUGGAAAGGAUACGCCAAUGGACCGAGUUAUUAUGCUGAUAUUGCUCUCAUUUAUUUCGUACCUGCACAUUACUGGCAUAUUUGCUAAACUUUACGAAAUCUACAAUCGACGCCGCAGUCACAAUUCAGUCAACGAAUCAGACGUUCCUCUCAAUGUGAAUUUACCGGGAGCAGCAACUGGUGCAGGGGUGGCCAUCACUAACCGGUUCGAGACUGUGAUGCGUGUUUUAAGUAUAUCAGCGGACCGUGGCUUUCGCCAGGACGUCAAGUCUUUUGUGGUGGGGCUUCUGCUUUCGCUUGUACCAGCUUGGCGUCCACAACCGAUUUUUGGGGCGCCUCCUGUGGUCGAGAAUGCGAUGCCAGACGGCGCACCACUUCAGGGAAUUUAA